AUGCUCUAUUCUACUAUUUACUUUCUCUCUAAUAAUCCCAUUAUCCAUACAUCCAUAAUACAUAUGGGACAACAAUUUCAACUAUUACCAGAAUCUCCUCCGUACAUAGCUAUUCCUCCGCAUGAACCUCACGUGAUGUACAUCGGGUGUUGUGACGCUCGAUAUAACGAAUCCUGUCUCGAUUUGUCACGUGGUGAAACGUUCAAAUUAAACACUAUAGCAAAUUCGAUCAAUGUCAAUGACCCCGCCGCAAUGAGCUCCUUGGAAUACGCCGUUCUGUAUUUAAACGUUAAAAAGAUCACCAUAGUCGGUCAUAACGAUUGUGGCGGUAUUAAAGCGUGUCUCUACAACGAUUACAAUAAUCUACCUAAAAAUUUAAAAUGUCAUCUCAAAGAAUUAAACACGCUAUGUCAAGAUUAUAAUAAAAUGAAAUUCUCAACUAUCGACCCAAUUAAACUCAUAUCAAUUCAAAAUAUCAAAUUACAAAUCGAUAAACUGAAUUCUAUAGACUUCAUUCAAUCAGCAAUCGAAAAACAAAAGUUAGUACUCUCUGGUAUGAUCUACAAUUUAGAUACAAACAUCCUGGAACAUAUUAUUUAA